AGCCAAAAUAACCAAAUUUGUGUCACUGUACUUGUGUCACCACAAUACUAACGCACUGCACUGUAUAUAGGGUAGGACCCCCUUUUGCCUCCAAAACAGCCUUAAUUCUUCACCAUGUCCGCAUGCUUAUUAUAGUGAGUUGCAGCCACAGGAUUCUCUAUUUGCGGAAGUGGAUUAUUUGCGCUAACGAGCAGGUGUACAUAAUAAAGGAGGCUAUAUUCUUCUUCUUUUACUAUUAUUAUUAUUAUUAUUAGUAGUAGUAUUACCAUUCCAUUAUGAGCGCCUUCAAUCGAAUUUUGCUUUCAGUUUCGGUACCGAGGCUAUUUUCAUCAAUUUGCCCCAGAGGUUAUUGACGCUUCGUCUCUGCGUGUUUACUAUUGGCUAAGGGCUAGCCAUUUACCAUCCUGUUCAUUUUCUGAUUUCCUGAUCGCUUCUGUUACAACUCAACGAGGAGGUCGUGGAAGACCUGCAGAACGCAAACUUGUCAUGGAAUAAUCUAACUGAACAUUUUUCUCGGAAUGAGAGUCCUCGGUCUUCUUUAUGUUGUGCUGCGUGCCAUUUGUUGGGCAAAUGCGGCCUCUCACUCUCUGAAGUACAUCUACACUGUUGUCACUGGGGAUACUGACUCCCCAGAGUUCAUCAUCAGGGGUUUUGUGAAUGAUGAGCAGUUUGUGCAGUAUGACAGCAACAUCAGGAGGAUGAACCCCAAGACUGAGUGGAUGGAAAAAUCAGUGGACAAGCAGUACUGGGACAAACAGACUCAGAAAGCACUCGAUGCACAUCAGAUCUUCAAAGACAAUAUUGGAAUUGCAAUGCAGCAUUUCAGGUCAACUCAGGAUGUGCACAGUCUCGAGUGGAUUGUUGGCUGUCAUUACAAUGAUGAGACCGGGGACACAGGAGUGAUUGAACAUUAUGAAUACGAAGGGAAAGACUUCCUCAUUGAUGACAUGAACAACUGGAAUUUCAUUCUACCUGCACAGCAGCAGUUUAUCAGUGCAGUGAAAUGGAAUCCAGUUGAGCUUGAGAAUUGCAAGUACUACCAGACCCACAUCUGCAUCGAGUCGCUGAAGAAGUACGUGAGCUACAGGAGCACUCUGGAGAGGACAGUUGCUCCUGAGGUAUCUCUGCUGCAGAAGGACUCCUCCUCUCCUGUUGUUACCUGUCAUUUGACCGGAUUCUACCCCCGUGACAUCAUGGUAACCUGGCAGAGAAACGGAGAGGACCUGGAUGUGGAUGUAGAGCUGGGGGGGACGGUGCCCAAUGAGGACGGAACUUUCCAGACCAGAUCUCACCUGAGAGUGAAGCCUGAGGACUGGAAGAGCCAGAAUUACACCUGUACUGUACAGCACAAGAGCCUGAAACAGGACAUCAUUCUGCCUGUCAGAGAGGAGAACAUCAAGAGGAACACAGAUAUCAAGACACGUAGCUUCAAUCCUGACAAUAAUCCUGAAGGCAGCAGCCCCCUCAUGGGCGUCAUCAUCGGCUGUGUGCUGGCCGUUCUCAUCCUCGCCAACGCUCUCAUCGGUGUCGUCAUUUGGAAGAAGAGAAACUCAGACUAUGAGACGACUAGAAGUGAGUAUAUUUACUCCUAUUCUUUACUCAAUGCUUAUGAAUGUCAUUAUAAUCAAGUACAGAUGCCCAGGGUUCAGACUGUAAUUACUCCUGUUUAUAUGUCUACUGUGUUGCAGUGCUGUUCCUUGUCUGUGUGUGUGUGCGCGUGUGUGCAUUUGGCUGAAUGUCUGCAUCUUCAUCAGUUCUGGAAUCCUGAUAUAGUUUUUAAUUGGCUGAAAUGCAUGUUACUGAGGUAACAUUAAAUAAAACGUGUACAUUAAUUCAACUCUCGACAUGCAUAGAAUAAUUGAGUCAGUCAUAGUGAGUUGGUUGGUUGUAGAAUGAGAUUAAACAUGUAAAAUGAGUCUGAGUGUGUGAUAAGAGUCUGAGUGUGCUACCUGAACCCAAACAACCAGCCGACGACAGAUUCAAAGAACUCCUUACCGACCUGCAGCCCCUGACACUGAUUCAGUGAACUCCAAUCAACCUGCAGUCCUCACCGGCCUUUCCUGCAGCUCUCGGAGUUCUGGCUCCAAAAGGAGUCCUAGCUACAAAUAAGUGAAUCAAAGUGCCUUAUAAACACAAAACUGGAUCUCAGAAAAGAAAAAACUUGAUGGCUUUAAAAAAAAGGCAGUCACAACUCAACCAUGGCAAAAAGUCUGACCACGACUAGCCUUCAUGAGGAAUUGCAUUAGUGUUGCUAUGAAAUUAGCGGUGGUUGAAGAACUCUGAAAGCCGCGCAUGACGGACGUAUCCUGCAGAGCAAGUCCCACGAGGCAAGCGGCCUGUGACAAGGAUCAAGCUGCGUGUCUUGGAACAGAAGAAAAGGGUGAACAGCUUCCCCCUUUCCACUACAACUCCUAAAUAUUUUGUACAGGAAACCAGGAAGCAUUCCAACAACGGAACCAAUAACAAGGACUCAAGUAAGGCUAUAAUUUUGGGCAUAUAGCAAAAUUGGCGACGGACUAAAUGUAACAACAUUUAUGAUUGAAUGUACAUGGCAGUGCUAAUGGUUAUUGUGUUUUAAUGAUUAAUGUAAACAUUCCAUGUGUUACUGUUCUCUUGUGGUUGGCUCCUAAGCCAUCCACCAUGCUGCGGUAGUUUUAAUAUAUAUCACACAGGGUCCGCACGGACCUAUGCGGACGGCCGCGCGCAGCCCAAAAUUUGUGACCGCGCGGACUGUACGCAUAGCAAGCGCGCCGACUGCGCAUGCUCCAGAUAACAAAAUUUAAUGGAUGCUUUUUUUGAUGAGAGUUGUGCGAGGAGAUCCGCCGUUACCCACAUUUAUAUUGCCUGUCUGGGCAUUCAUAAAAAUAUUCUUUCACCACUCGAAAAUCGUAUUCCGUCAUAGCAACAAGAUAAACCCAACAUUAGCCCUAAGAUAUGCCAAUACAGCAGUGAAAACGCUGCUGACUGAAUAACAAAGUUUUUAAAAAUGAUACCACUCUAUAUUUAGUCCCAGUCAAUAUCUGGGACUAAAUAUUGAAUAAAUAUACAACCUUCCCAUUGGUUUUAAGCAUAAAGAAGUCCCUUUUGAGUCUGAGUGGUCAUAUAUUGUCUUUGACAAUCCGUUUGUGAUGCCUGGGUACCUUCCAAAAUAGCUGUGCUUAAUACCACACCUGUUGUUUACGACGUUGUCGCCCUUUUUAGUACAGUCUGGCUUGAUUGACAAUUCAUUUAUUCAGUAGGUGAAUAUUCAUUCAUUUAUUUUUACAUUCUCUGGAUUAGCGGUGGUCGAAGAACCAGGAGAGCCACGCACAUCCGAUGCAUCCUGCAGAGAAAGUCCCAGGAACAAGGAUCAGGGUGCGUGUUUUGGAUCCAACCAGGAGAAAAGGGUGAACGGCUUCCCCCUUUCCACCACAACUCCCACAGACUUUGCACUGGAAACCAGGAAACAUUUCCAACAACGCAACCAAAGGACACUCAAGUAAGGGUAACUCUGGGCUUAGUAUAAUUAGCGACAGACCAAUAGCCACAUUUAUUAUUGGAUGUAUGUAACUGUGACUGUUAUUGUCUUUUAAUAUUAAUGUGAACGUUCUGUAUGUUCGGUUGGCUUUAAGCCAUCCACCACGCUGCGUUAGUUUAUUUCACGCACAGAACAUAUUACUUUACAUUACAUUACAGGCAUUUAGCAGAAGCUCUUAUCCUGAGCGACUUACACAACUUUUUACAUAGCAUUUUUACAUUGUAUCCAUUUAUACAGCUGGAUAUAUACUGAAGCAAUUUCGGUUAAGUACCUUGCUCAAGGGUACAACGGCAGUGUCCUACCUGGGAAUCGAACUUGCGACCUUUUGGUUACAAGCCCAGUUCCUUACCCACUGUCCUACACAUAUCUUGCAUGUGAUCUAUUUUAAUUACUAACCGGUCAUAACAUGGCAUGUUGAUCUCUAUCAAACACACACAGAUAACUAUUCAGUUAGCCUGUAUCUGUUUGGUACGCGUCAUACGCCAUUGUUUUUCACUAGCUUUGUCUAGAUUCAAAAACCCCUCCAUUCAUACUCCAUCUCGUUCCUUUGUUCUCUGUGAACACGUGUCCGCGGUACACAACCCCCCACGUAGGAGAACGUCCAACACUCCUCACUCAUAUAUGGCGCUUCUCCAUCACCGUGCCGUGCUCCCGCUUUGUUUUGCUUUCUCCACUGCCAUCUGACUCGUGCCGGGCCGCAAGUUCCUGUGCCGAUUUUAGCUACUGCUCUCGGGCGGGUACCAAAGGUACUAUCCAUGCUGCAAUUCAAUACUGCAGACCGUUGAUUGGUCAAUGGAAAUCGUCACAUUACAUCAUCCCGUGUUCAGUUUGUUCACCGGCAGCUAAAGAAACCAAAAUGCAAAGUCGACUAAAUUGCUAUCGAACCCUGAAAAAGACUAUACUCCAGCAGAGUAUCUCUUCUCUGUCAGAGGUACAAAGCAGAGGAAAAAAACGGAUCCUGACCAAAUACAGACUGUGACCACACCCUUGAAAUUGAAAAAGGCAGACACAAAAAUUCAUGGUUACCAAAAGAAAAAGAAAUAUGUGGUCACUGUAAGACAGGAGAGGAUGAGACAGAGAUGCACUUCCUCCUAAACUGUACAAAAUAUACAAAUAUAAGAAAAAUAUAUUACCACAGAUUUUCAGAAAUUAUAAAAAACUUCCAUUCUUUAUCAAAGAAUGAAAAAUGUGCAGUCCUUUUAGGACAAGGACCAACAGCCCCAAAUGCGGCUCAAUAUGUCUCAGCUUGCUAUAACCUGAGGGACACUGAGUGACCAUCCUACAUAAUUAUAAUUAUCUAUUUAUUUAUUUAUUUUAUUUUAUUAUUAUUAUUUUAUUUGAUUUUAAUUUUUUUCUUUAAAUGCUUGUGCCGAUUGAACAUUAAUAUUGUUAUUGUUCUGUUUAUUUUAUAGAAUGUUCAACUGUUAUUAGUAUUCCACUGUAAAUAUGUAUUUUGAAUUGAUUCAUGAUGCUUUGGCAAUAUGUACAUAUGUAUUUCCUGCCAAUAAAGCAAUUUGAAUUUGAA